UAAAUACCCGAACCCGGCCAAAAAUAUCCAAACCCGAACAUAAAAUACCCAAAACCGGCUCGAAGAGUGGAAAUAUCCGAACGGAUUUUAUACCUUUAUACUAAAAUAUCCGAUACGAACCCGGACGUGUAUCCGAACGCCCACCCCUACGAUAUAUGAUCAUCAUUUGUAUCUUGCUUGAACAAAAAAAAGUUAAACCAUUGAUCACAAAAUUUUCAAUGUGAGACUUUUACCAUUUUUAGUAAUUUAUAGACGUUUUUAAAAAUUCAAAAUAUAACAUAAAAGAAAAAAACUAAAAUUUUUAUUAUAUGCUUAAUGUGAUUGUUUAAUUUCUUUUAAUAUUAUAAAAUUAAAUAUAAAAGAGAGAGGUUAGAAAAAUUGUUAUCAAAUAUGUAUUAUUUAUAAUCAUUAAUUAUCAUAUAUAUGUUAACCAUAUUAGUUAAUUUCAAAACUUUUACUUAAGAAAAGAAAAAAUAUUCUUUUGUAUACUACUAAUGAAUUUGACAGUUAGUUUAAUAAGAAGCAUAGUAUAUGUUUAUAUGGACCAACUUAUUUUUCUAACAAUUCUAAGAAUCAUUCUCGUGAUGACACGUUGCUACGAAAAUAUGUUGUAAUGCUCCAGGAUUAAUAUAUAGGGGAUUGGUAUUAAAUAACCAAAACCGAUUUUUUAAAGUUAACUAGAGCUUGACUCACGCACCCACGCGGGUAUUCGUUUCUACUUUGCAAAAAAACAUUAUCUUAUAUAAAUGAUAAUAUACAUUUUUAAAAUUUAUAUAUAUUAAAUAAUUAUUUAAUAUAUUUCUAAACACAAUCAUUUUAUAAUUUAUAUUUAAUAUAAAUUGCAGGUUUAGAUUUAAUAAUGGUAAGUGAACUGAAAGUCGCAGUCUAUAUAAAAAGCAGCAUACACUUGCGAGAUCAUGGCUAUCUCUUGUACCAAGUGAUUUAAAACAUAUCAAUAAUUAUCAACUUAAAAUUAAGGUAACAAAAAUAUCGGUAUGUUUUAUUUUAUAUUAUAUUCGAGGCUUGUGAGCAUAGUAAAGACAUAUGAUUACUUUCAUCUUGUUAUGUGUUUUAAAGAACUACUUUUUAUUCCAAGAAAAACAACCCUCAUUCCAUAUUUCCACGUGGCUGUGCAAGGUAUACUUGUAGAUGGUAUACUUACAAGGUCCAUAUGGUCCUAUCCUCCACAAAUAAUGAAUCGAGAAACCUAUGUAAUCUCGGGGCUCUUCAUAUAUGUCGAACCAACGCCUUCCAUUUGGCAAAUCAAAAGAACAGAAAAACAAUGACCUUCCAAAGAAAUUACGCUGAAACUGAAAUGACCACGACCCACCGGGUUGCAAUCUCUGGUCACGAAGAUCAAUGUCCUUUGAUUUACAAUGAAACUUCAUUUUAUUACCAAGAUCGUUGACGAUUUCUACCUUUAUUUCAGCAUGUGAUAGAUCUGUAGUUACAAAGAUAAUCAAUAUGAAAAGUAAUAGGUAUCGCUUUGGAAUAUCCAUUUUUGUGGUAUAAGAGAGUGUUUGAACUAACAUGAUGUUGUUUGUAAUUGUUGAAUGAGUUAUAUAUACAGAUGUAUCAAUGUAUUGUAACGCAGAGUCGAGGAUCAUUUAUAUUUAGUUCAAUAAAUUUAUACGAAUAUUACUUGCUUUUUUAAUUAACGUAUUUGGUCAAACUUUUUAGUUCAUAAACGUUAAUUAAGAGACAUUUAACAAGUAACAUUUUAGAAUUGACUCAUUACUCUGCUGAUGACAUCUCUAUCUAUCUCUAUUAAUACUAGGUCAUCUUCCGCGCGUAUUUAAUUUUCAAACCUUACAAAUUUACAAACUUUUUAACGUCAAGCAUAUAUUAUAAGAGGGAGAGAUGACAUGCACUUAUUUUUUCGUUUAAAUGUUGCAUGCAAUUGUUGUAAAAAAAUGCAGUUUUAGUUUGGCCUUUUCAGUGUUUCAAAAAAAAGAAGUUUGGCCUUUUCUAAAUUUCAAUAAGAUUGUGUUCUAUAAAUUUGCCAAAUACCAAGACUGAGUUCAGAAUAUGUAGACAGUUUGGAAGACAUCAAAAUGUUGUUUUUAGUUGGAUUUACUUAGAGAUCAUCCCCUGAGCGGUAUUGGCGUUUUUUUUUUUGCUCGAGCUCAUGCUUUAAAGUUGACUCUUAUCAUGCUUCUGAAAUCUUUGAUGAUUUGUAUUGAGUUGUCAAAGUAAUUUUUUGUCACAGAUGAUGAAGUGAGCAUUCGCUUCCUUGUUAAUAAGAGGUAUUAAUCAUAACUACUAUAUUUUUAAGUUGUUUUCAAAUUGAAUUCAGAACAUUGUAAGCUGUGUCGGUUGCAUAUUUCGGUUUUGCAUGGUAAAACAAUCAAAUUGAUAUGUUAGAUAAGUAACUUGUACUUUGACAAUUCUAUACAAAUCAGAAAAUUUUCUAGUGUUUUUGUUUGUAGAACAAAGUCGCUUUGUUUUUAAUAUAUGACAUUUUAGAGAAUUCUUUUCACUUCAAAUUAGAUGACAUUUUUAAUUUUCAAUUUUCAAUGCAAUUUUAUUCAUUUUUUUUAUAUUAUCCAGUUAGUGUUUUUAUUGGUUGAAUUAUGAUUAGGUGAAUAGUUAAUGAUGUUUUUGGUUAGAUAUAAUAGAAAAUUAAUUCUUUUCCUUUGAUUUGUGUGAACAAAUCUAAAUUUCAAAGUAAGAAUAAUGGAAAUAGUGUCAUUUAGGUUAUUAUAUAUAUAUUAGUACAUUUAUAUUUGUAAAUACAUUUGUUUCACAGAUAAAAAUAUGCUAUAGUUUUGUCUAUUAUAUAGAUUACAAUUUAUUUUAUAUUUAAAAUUAUUUUCAAUUUAAAUUUAAUGUUUUAACAGCAUUCUAGUGGUAUGAAAUAUAUAUUAUUAAACGUAUUUAAAUCUAAUUAUAUGAUUACAAAAGAAUUCCAUUAUAUGUUUUAGAAUGGUAUUAAUUUGAUAAAAAAUGUUAAGAAAAAUUACAUGUUGAGAUACUUUUGGACAUCAUCAAAAUAAUAACAUUAAUCAUAUGUUAUGGUUGCAUAACAUAAUACUAAAAAUAAUAUGCAGGAUCAUAUGUAAAUAUACUUAUAUAUUAUGAUUGCAUAACAUAUGAAUUGUUUUUGUUAAUGACAUGACUUACAAAAUAGUUAAUGACCUAUAAAAUAAUUAUAUAUGUUGUUAAUAAUUAUUAAUAGGUUAAAAUAUUUUUUAUAAAUCAGUUGGUAUUGGUCUUGAGUACAGAUUUUUGAAUUUAGAAUAUUAACAGUAAACAAAUUUGAGAUUAUCCUUAAACAUAGUAUAUUGUUGAUUUUAUUAAGAUGUUAAUAAGAUAUAUUUGUGAUUAUAUUUAUUUUAAAACUAAAUGAUAGGACAACUAAAUGUGAUGAUUUCUAGCAGAGUAUGAGACUAAUAUCCGUUUGAGUAUAUAAACCGGGUCUAACAGAGUAUGAGACUUUGAUUUUUGGGUCGAUUCCGAAUCAGUUUUUUUUGUAUAAAUAUUCUUGACUAAUUUUGUUAGGCAACUAUUAAGAAAAUAAGAAAAUAUAAUAUGUUGCAAAUUUUAGGAAUAAACUUUUAAAAUAAUUUCUGAAAUGCAUGACACAAGUGUAUAAUUAUGCAAUAUGAUAUAUUUAAUAUACUUACCAAAAAUUAUAUUAAAUUAAAGUAAUAUUAAACAUAAUAUGAUUACAAAAUAAUACAAAUGUGAAAAUUAAAUUUCUCAAUAAAUUAAAACAAAAAAUAUACCGGCAGAAUCUAGUUCACCUUUAAAUUUUACAUAUUUAAAGUUUAGGAAAUGAAGACUAAUGCUUCAUGUCGCUAAUGUCGGCCAAACGUUGGAAGUGGACCGCUAGACUAUAAAAUGAAAUAACGAAAAGGCCCAUAUACAAGGUGUAGUGGGCCACGAGUAGGCCCACGUUAGAUAAAGACAGCAUAGAGAAGCUGACGUAAUUGUCUGAUCUUACCAAGUUACCUGAAAAGAAAAUAAAAACACAAACUUUCCUGAAAAGAUCAUUUCGUCGUUUAAGCGUAAGCAUCGAUUACUCCGACAAAGAUCAAAUCUUUUUUUGUUCCACAGCUUGUUGCCUUGUUAGUGAACAAGCCACUGAAGACACUCAUUACAAAUCUAAAGCCUUUAUUUUUGUUAAUAAUGGAGCAAUUGGUGGAAGCAAGGCUCGACGAGAUCCGCAGAGUAAUAGGCAAAGCCGACGACGACCCGUUAAAGAUCGUCGGCGUCGGAGCCGGCGCGUGGGGAAGCGUAUUCAUCGCAAUGCUACAAGAAAACUACGGAACAUUCAGAGAUAAAGUCAGUGUUCGAAUCUGGAGAAGAGGAGGGAGAGCCAUCGACAAAGCCACAGCUCAGCAUCUCUUCGAAGUGAUCAACUCGAGGGAGGAGCUUCUCAGGAGGCUGAUACGACGGUGCGCGUAUCUCAAGUACGUGGAAGCUAGGUUAGGCGAUAGAGUUCUGUAUGCAGACGAGAUAUUGAAAGAUGGGUUUUGUUUGAAUAUGAUUGAGACUCCUUUGUGUCCUUUGAAAGUGGUGACGAAUCUGCAGGAGGCGGUUUGGGAUGCUGAUGUUGUUGUGAAUGGUUUGCCUUCGACCGAGACGUUUCAGGUGUUUAGUGAGAUUAGUAAGUAUUGGAAGGAGAGGGUUACGGCUCCUGUGAUUAUCUCUUUGGCUAAGGGAGUGGAAGCUGAGUUUGAGCCUCGUCCUAGGAUUGUUACUCCUACUCAAAUGAUCUACAGAGCGACUGGAAUCCCUCUUGAGAACAUUCUUUACCUUGGGGGACCUAACAUUGCUUCCGAGGUAUACAACAAAGAGUACGCUAAUGCACGGAUCUGCGGGUCCGAGAAAUGGAGGAAGCCUCUGGGGAAGUUUCUAAGGCAGUCUCAUUUCAUAGUGUGGGAUAACAGUGACCUUGUUACUCAUGAAGUAAUGGGUGGUUUGAAAAAUGUAUACGCCAUUGGCGCAGGAAUGGUGGAUACAUUAACAAAGGAAAGUGCUACGAGCAAAUCAGUGUACUUUGCGCAUUGUACUUCGGAGAUGAUUUUUAUUACUCAUCUAUUGGCCAAAGAGCCAGAGAAACUUGCUGGGCCUUUGCUUGCGGAUACCUAUGUAACGUUGCUCAAAGGUCGUAAUGCGUGGUAUGGUCAGAAGCUCGCAAAAGGAGAACUUAACCUUGAAAUGGGUGAUAGCAUCAAAGGCAAGGGAAUGAUCCAGGGUGUUUCUGCGGUGAAAGCGUUUUUCGAGUUACUAAACCAAUCCUCGUUAAGUCUUCAACACCCUGAAGAAGGCAAACCUGUAACUCCUGCUGAGCUCUGUCCCAUCUUGAAGAUGCUCUACAGAAUUCUUAUAACAAGGGAGGUCUCAUGUGAGGCAGUUCUUGAAGCGCUGAGGGAUGAGACAAUGAAUGACCCACGUGAACUCAUCGAGAUUGCUCACAGCCAUCUCUUCUUCCAACCAUCUCUUCUUGGUCAGACACCUUGAGACUUGCGAACACUUUUCUUUGUUUGUAAGUUUCUCUGGUAGGCUUUGGUGCAGACUAGUUUGUAAUCUUGAAGAUUGAUAUAUAGUUGUAAGUUGUGUACUUUUCUAGUGAUGAACUCAGUCUCAGAUACCUUUUUGACUUUCUUUUUAUUGAGUCUUUGAAAUAGUUUUUUUUAUACAAGUA